CUGAGAACGGAACUGGCGGGUACCAGGUUGUCUACUGGGAGUUAAAGCAGACUGGAGGAGAGAAAAAGAAAAGGAAGGGGAAAACAGAAUCCUUGUUCUGGAAUGAGCUGUGAAGAUCAUUAUAUUGCUGGGGAGUCUGCAUGCAAAAUGGCCAGCCUUCAAAGUCCAACACUUGGAGGACAGUUACCAGAAAGUGUCGGACAACUCUGCGGGGUAGGGACUGGGGUAAGGAGGAGACGAGGCCCUGCACUCGCCAAGUUGAAGGGAGGAAAAACUGAAAAAGCAAAGCGAGAGUCUGCACAGAGUGCACAAGUCGGGGCAAGAAAUAGGAACGCAGAGGUGCCCUCCUCCACCCCCCGCUACCAAAAUGGCAGAUAGGGUUGACUGGUUACAAAGCCAAAAUGGUGUAUGCAAAGUUGAUGUCUAUUCACCUGGAGACAACCAACACCAGGACUGGAAAAUGGAUGCAUCAACAGAUCCUGUCCGAGUGCUCAGCUGGCUCCGAAGAGACCUGGAAAAAAGUACAGCAGGGUUCCAGGACUCGAGGUUCAAGCCUGGAGAGUCAUCAAUUAUGGAGGAAGUGCCCAUCCCGGGAGACCAACGCAAAGGUUUCUGUGUCGACUAUUACAAUACCACCCACAAGGGCAGUCCAGGGAGAUUGCAUUUUGAGAUGACUCACAAGGAGAUCCCUUCCCAAGGCCCCUGUGUCCGAGCUGGUAAUGGGAAUUCCAUAGAUGAAGUUUCCUUCUAUGCCAACCGCCUCACAAACCUAGUGAUAGCCAUGGCCCGGAAGGAGAUCAAUGAGAAGAUCCAUGGCUCUGAAAACAAAUGUGUCCAUCAGUCAUUGUUUAUGGGGGAUGAGCCCAUGCCCCACAAAAGCUUGAGUACAGUAGCCUCCGAGCUGGUGAAUGAGACCGUCUCUGCGUGUUCCAAGAACAUCACUGGUGACAAAGCUCCAGGCUCUGGAGACAGAGCCUUGGGGUCAGGACAGAGCCCUAGUCUAAGAUACAAAAGCACUUUGAAAAUCAAGGAGAGCACCAAGGAUGGCAAGUGUCCAGAUGACAAGCCUGGUUCUAAGAAGUCUUUCUUCUAUAAGGAAGUAUUUGAGUCUCGGAAUGCAGGGGACGCCAAGGAUGGUGGAAGGUCCUUUCCUGGAGAAAGAAAGCUCUUCAGGGGCCAGGACAGAACUGAUGACUUUACAAGCUCUGUCAGUCAAGGGAUUAUGACCUAUGCCAACAGUGUGGUAUCUGACAUGAUGGUCUCCAUCAUGAAGACCUUGAGGAUCCAGGUGAAAGACACAACCAUUGCCACUAUUCUGCUGAAGAAGGUAUUGAUCAAGCAUGCAAAAGAGGUCGUCUCUGAUCUCAUCGACUCGUUCAUGAAGAACCUCCACAAUGUCACAGGGAGCCUAAUGACUGACACAGACUUUGUCUCAGCCGUGAAACGAAGCCUUUUUUCUCAUGGAAGCCAAAAGGCCACAGAUAUCAUGGAUGCCAUGAUGGGUAAGCUGUACAAUGUGAUGUUUGCCAAGAAAUUCCCUGAGAGGAAAGCCAAGGACAAGUCUGAGAGCUAUUCCCUUAUCUCCAUGAAAUCACGGGGUGGUGACCCUAGGCAACCUAACCUGAACUUUGCGAUGAAAUCAGAAUCAAAACUGAGAGAAAGUUUGUUUGCUUCAUGCAAACCAGAGAAAGAGAAGACGUGUGCUGAAACUCUGGGUGAGCACAUUAUUAAGGAGGGACUGAGCAUGUGGCACAAGACUCAUCAGAAAGACGAUAGUAAGCCUCCUGGCCUCGACCCUGCUGCAAAGCAGGGUGGCCCUCAUCAGCAUGAGGUUUCCUUUGAGUCUCCAGACUCUUGUGACUUAAUCCCUCCUCCACAGCAGCCAGAGACUUUUGAAAAUUUUAUGUGUGAAUCAGACUCCUGGGCCAAGGACCUGAUUGUGUCAGCCCUGCUUCUGAUUCAGUACCACCUGGCCCAGGGAGGGAGAAUGGAUGCUCAGAGCUUCCUGGAAGCUGCUGCCAGCACCAACUUCCCCGCCAACAAGCAGCCGGUAGUUCACGAUGAGUCCAGACUUAAGUCUCCUCAUAAGAUAUGUGACCAAGAACAAACAGAAAAGAAGGAUCUGAUGAGUGUCAUCUUCAAUUUUAUCCGGAACUUACUCAGUGAGACCAUCUUCAAGGGUAACCGUAGUUGUGAAUCCAAGGGGCAGAACGUUAAGGAAGAAGAAAUCAAUAUGUGCGAGAGGCCUAUGACCCCUCCUGCCCCGAACUUCUGUGAGGAUGAGGAGACUGGUGGUGCCUUUUCCGGACUAACCAAGAUGGUCGCCAACCAGCUAGAUGGCUGUAUGAAUGGGCAGAUGGUGGAACACCUGAUGGACUCUGUGAUGAAGUUGUGCCUCAUUAUUGCCAAAUCUUGUGACUCUCCCUUGGCAGAGCUGGGAGAUGAAAAGUGUGGGGAUGCCAGCAGGCCAAGUUCUGCCUUCCCAGAUAACUUAUAUGAAUGCUUACCAGUCAAGGGCACGGGAACAGCAGAAGCCCUCCUGCAGACUGCCUAUCAAGCCAUCCAUAACGAACUGAGAGGUUUGUCAGGACAGCCACCUGAGGGAUGCGAGAUACCCAAGGUGAUCGUCAGCAACCACAACCUGGCUGACACUGUUCAGAACAAGCAGCUGCAAGCAGUCCUGCAGUGGGUAGCUGCCUCAGAGCUCAAUGUCCCUAUUUUGUACUUUGCUGGUGAUGAUGAAGGAAUCCAGGAGAAGCUGCUUCAGCUCUCAGCCGCUGCUGUGGAGAAAGGCCGCAGCGUCGGGGAGGUUCUGCAGUCGGUGCUGAGGUAUGAGAAGGAGCGACAGCUGGAUGAGGCGGUGGGAAAUGUCACGCGACUGCAGCUGCUGGACUGGCUGAUGGCAAACCUGUGAUUGGGGCCCACCUGGUGUUCCAGCAGUGGGCCAUGUCCCCACUCCCUCAGCUCCCCUCCCUGUCACACAGAGCCCUAAAGUACCCUUCACACCACCCACACCAGAUGCACCAUCUAACGCUACUCACUGGAUUUUGCAGAUUUUCUUGUCCAUGCGAGCAAGGACAUAAAUUAAAAGAUUACAAUUAAAGGGCUGCACGAGUUUGGCUUACUUUUGUUGGAAAGGUGAGGCUGCACUCUCUCUGAGAAAGCCAUUGGAGGAAGGAAGGCAGGGACCGAAUGGCAGAGAAGAACAGCCUAGCAGCCCAAUCAAUUCCCUGC